AUGGCAUUUGUUGGAUACUUUCGACGACUGAAUCAUGUAUUCUUACUAACGUUUUUAAAUUCAAUCUCUCAUUGUCAUUCUGUGAAGUAUAUACAUUCGAGUUCAACUUCAUCAAUUAUAAAACAAGAGACAAUAAAGAAAAUAGAACAAUUAUCUUUAGUUCAUAUUGAUGGUGCUGAUAGUUUUUCUGUUCUAAAAGCUGCAAUUGUUUUUACAGAACAUUUACGCAAUACAAAGAUAGAUAAAGAAAUUGAACCUAUAAAUCUUAAUGAAUGCUGCUGUUACAGAAGAAGAAUAUUUUGUAGCACCAUUACAAACUAUUACGAAAGCAUCAUGAAUAUAACAAAUGUUCUAAAAGAAUUAAGUGGACAUUUUAUCAGUCUUACAGAACACGGACUUAAAUACGGACCUCAAGAUGAAACUAAUAAUACUUUAAAUUUUAUUAUUAAAACUGAAAUGAGUGAUAUACCAUUUGGAUUAGCUAAAAUAGAAAAUUCCAAAAAUUAUUGGACUUCAGAUUUAUUAUCCAUGAAAAAACCAAAUAUUCACAGAAUUGCUGAAACAAUUAUUUUUCAAAAUGAUACAGAAACAAAAGAUUUGUUUCAUAAUAUACAAAAAGAACGUAAAAUUUGGUGGCGAAAACUAGCACAAUUUCCUUCAAGAUUUAAGCUUACAGAAGAGAAAAAAAUAAAAAAUUGUAAUAUAGUAGAUAUUGAAGCACAAUUUUCAUUUGGUAAUGUUAUUGUAGAAAAAAUAGCUUACCAUACAGAUGUUCGAAAAUUAUUCUCUCAAGUUGAUAGUAAAAAAGAUUUUACCAACGUACAAAUGGUCGAACAUAAAGCAUCUUUAGAUUGGGGCUGUUUAGCACUACUUUGUGACGCAUAUGACAUGAAUAAGUCUACCAAAAUGCAUCUUCAUUCCAAGUUAGCACCACAUAAAGUUGCAUUUCAUAUAAAAAGAACAAAUAAUGAAGAGAAUACUCAAAAUGAUGAUUUAAAUCGCUUUGUACUUUACUUAAAUAACAUGUUAAGAACAAAGGGCCUAAAUACAAUAUUAACCACUUCAGAAAAAAUUAUAAAUACAUGCUUGAUUCCUUUCAUAGUUUCUGUUGAUACGACUAGUCUUGAAAAUGGCAUUAUAUAUAUAAGGGAUAGAUCAACAACUCUCAGUGAAGCAAUACAUGUAACCGAUUUAGUAAAAUAUAUAAUUCUGCGUUGUUAAUUAAUUAAUGGGAUUUAAUUUCAUUUAAAUAAAAUUAAUAUAUCAAAAGUUUAAAAUACACAUUGUCAAUACAAUUAAUUUCUAAUUUCUAGAAAAUAGAACAAAUUUUGAAAUCACAAUCUUAUAAUCUUCAUUUUCAACUAUUUUGUAUUUUAUGUAUAUUUUAAUUAAAUAUAAUUAUCAUAAUCAUAUUUAUGUAUUAUUUAAUGAUGUAAUAUGCUGAAAGAAAUUAAUGAAGAUAACAUUUUAAAAUACAAAUAUUGCCAUAUGGGUUAAAGAUGAAAAAUUAUACAUGGAUGUUUGUGAUGUUGAAAAUACGAAAAAAUGGAAUGCUUUACAAUUAAUAAAAUGUAUACUUUGUACACGAGCAUUCCUCGACUUUUAGAUAUUGCCAAAAUUUAUAUAAAUUCAAUUGAUAAUAAUAUUGCUCCUUUGAGCAAUAUAUAAUUUUCCAAAUGAUAAUGCUUCUACGCAGCUAAGCAGGUAGUUGUAAUUUCUUGCCUUUCAAUACUUUGGUAAUAUAGAGGUAGAAGAAGUCACAAUAAAGAAUUGUUUGUACUAAACCAGCAACUAUAGCAAUUAAAUCAGCAUGACUUUCUGCAUAGUAACGAUAUAUCCAAUUUAACAAAUACAGGCCUCUAUAAGAUCCCAAAGCAAAAAGAUAAUGACUGGUAAUACUUUCUGCUUCUCCCGUUUUUGAUACCAAAAAUAAUUGUGGCAAUAUUGCUACAGACUCCAAAUAAAUGCUAA